CACUGUUUUUCUUGCGCAGACUCCUCGGCAGUGCCUGUUUCUUUUAAUUCCCGGUUGUAAAAAUGGAGGCGGUUAGGACGAUGAAGCUGUGCGGGCUGUCUGUUUUGUUGCUGAACGUUUUCUUUAGUUUAACGUCUGCCCUGUAUUUUCACAUCGGGGAGACGGAGAAGAAAUGUUUUAUCGAGGAGAUACCGGACGAGACCAUGGUUAUAGGAAACUACCGAACGCAGCUCUAUGACAAGCAGAGGGAAGAGUACAUGCCUGCCACUCCCGGGCUCGGGAUGUUUGUGGAAGUGAAAGACCCAGAUGACAAGGUGAUCAUGUCCAGACAGUAUGGCUCAGAAGGACGAUUCACAUUCACCUCCCAUACGCCUGGAGAGCAUCAGAUCUGCCUGCACUCCAACUCCUCCAAGUUCGCCCUCUUUGCCGGAGGCAUGCUGAGAGUCCACCUCGAUAUCCAGGUUGGGGAACAUGCCACCAACUACGCAGAGAUCGCAGCAAAGGAUAAACUGACUGAGCUGCAGCUGCGAGUGCGUCAGCUAAUGGAGCAGGUGGACCAGAUCCAGAAAGAGCAGGACUACCAGAGGUACCGUGAGGAGCGCUUCCGGCAGACCAGCGAGAGCACCAACCAGCGGGUCCUGUGGUGGUCCAUCGUGCAGACCCUGAUCCUCGUCGUCAUCGGAUUCUGGCAGAUGAAGCACCUCAAGAGCUUCUUCGAAGCCAAGAAGCUCGUCUAGAGCUCCCUCCCUCUGAUUUAUAUACAAUGCAGUAUGACAACAGCAAAACAGACUCCUUGUCUGUGUGCCCCUUGAAAAACAUUGAAGUACAGAGUGGGGAGAUAACGUUUGAAAUGCAAGGAAUUUGUUGGUUUAAAUUUCUUUUACUGUUGUAAUUUUAAAGAAAAAACAAAAACAGUUUGUAGUCUUGAGUGAUGCACUGUCUUGGCAAGAUCUCCUUUAAUAAGUUUAAGUUUAUAUGAAGAGUUUUGCAGUUAAGUGUCCUGAACAACAACUCAUGAAAGUAAUUACAAAUCAUAGUAUUGUACUUAACAAAUUCUUUGCCGUUUUUGAAAGGUUAUCUGCUUAUAAUUUAAGAGAUUUUUUGGAUUUAACAAAAAAAAAAAAAAAACACAACUUGAAACAAAGUUUCGUGCAGUACCAGCUUUCAAUGGAAAGGGUCGGUUUAUAAUUUUAUUUUUAUAUUUUCUGGGAGGGGUGGCGGGAGGGACUGACUUAUUUAAGCCCCAAACCAAUCUGUUUUAGAGCCCAAAACUCUAUCUAAAAACCAACCCGUUCCAUCAGUUUAAUGUGUUUGAGGUGAAACUUCCCCAUGAGUGGCCUCUCUUGUUGCAUCGGCGUGCUGCUCGUAACACAAAGGACCGUAUGACUUCACAGUUUCUGGGAGAUCCCUUCAGUAAUGUUGCUGGCACAUGCAUGUACACACCACGUGUGCCUGCUUUUGGAAUUCUCUUUCAAUUCUAAGUUGCUGUACAGUCUGUUAAGCUGGGCUGUGACCCUGCUGGAAUAAAAACUAAGGAUUUUAGUGGAAGCCUCUGUUUUGGUUUGUCUCGCCUCCCCUCCCCUGUAAGUAUUUUUUUUUUUUUCUGUGUGUGUGUCACUCAAGUCUGGUCGUAGAUGUUGCAAAGGAAAUGCAACCUGCUUUUCUGGAGGCCUGUAACAGUUUUCUGCAUCGUGUAUGUUUGCAUUUUAAUAACUGACUAGCUUUUCCUAAUUGAGUUCACUGGGUUCCACAGGGAGUCCCGUUAAAUGCGCUGUGGUUGCCUGCUUCUGUGUGUGUAACCACCUCGUGUAGUCUCUAUAAGGUAUCGGAAUAACAAAAAGGAUUGCACUGUUAUUGGGGCAGGACACUGUAUAGAAAGCUCACCACUGCUUCCUCCCCUGUUUGAAAUUAAAAUGACACUGGAAUAUUGCUGUGGUCCAGCUGUUGAAUGUGGCAGGUAUAAUGCUUCAUGUUCUGGCAGCAGCAUGCACAGAGAGAAGGGGAUCCCCUGCCAGCACAGCUGCUGACUUCAAUGCCUGUUGUUUUUGAGCCCUCUGUCAGCACACAGCAAAGGGUGAAAAUGUUGGGGAUGUGAGAUUUUUCUAUUGAACCUUUUUUAGGGUUUCUGUUACUGAGAAUUCUUCAUGCCACAUUACAGUUUUACAAAUAAACAUGCGUCUCUCUGUUGUC